GAUUCUGCCCUUGAGAAGGCUCAGCUAGAAAUUGAGAAACUGAAAGAAAAUUUGACAAAACUGAAAGAAAAUGAUUCAGUUGACCUACAGAAAGCAAGGGAACAUAAUCAGAGACUGGAUGAGGAAAUUCUGGCUUUAAGAAAUUGGGUUCAAUCACUGGACUCAGAAAAAGAAGUGCUUGAAGAAGUGGUUGGAAGACUUAAAGGAGAGAUUUAUGAAUCUCAAGGGAAUAAGCAACCUGGAAACCACUCCCCUGGGAAAACUGUGGGUGCUGAACAGAAAGAACAGAUUUCCCUCUUAGAGCCCGAGUUAUCAGUAAUAUAGGAAAAUACCAGAGAAACCUGUAUGAAAAGUCAAGAGACAGUGCAAGUACAAGAUUUGAAUGAGAUUUUGAAAAUGAGCCAAGAAAAAAUUGAAAUCUUUGAAAGUGAGUCAUCAGAAGGAAGGAGAAGGCAAUUGACAUCCGAUUUUAAUAUUAUACAGAAGGCUUUGAAGGUUGAAAGUGAGGGAUUGCAAAAACCAAAGUCAGAACUUAGAUGCCUUUAUAACGAAAUUCAAAGUCUUCCAGGGGCAUCAAAAAACAGAGACUGUUUUUUAAUAGCAUAUAACUUGCUACAAAGAGAGAAUUCUGAAUUAGAAACAAAGGUCUUGAAGGUUUCACAAGAAUUUGAACAAUUAAAUCAUUUUAUUGUAGGGAGAAAAACUGCACCUGCUAAUUUAAUUACAAGUGAAAAUAUCUGUAAAGAUCUUGUGUCUAAACUACCAAUUUUGGAAGUAGAGAUUCAAAGCCCAAAGGAAGAGAGGAACUCUGUUUGUCCUGAACAAGGAGAAAGUAAGCAGAAGGUAGUUGCAGAGGAGCCAGUAAAGGAGGACACUUUGCCAAGAGAGAGGCAGAAGGAGGACUCACCAGAGAACCAAGAUAUGAAGGCUGAAGGACAGCAGUUGACCUUGAAGCCUGAGGAAAUCGUGAGGCUUAGAGAAGAGCUGACCCUGCAGUCUCAGAGCUCAGGGGAUAGUUCAGAUGACAGUAGUGCCCAGUAUCCAUCAUCUGGAGAAAAACUGAAAUACCAGCAGCAAGAGGAUGUACAUCAGCUUCGUCAGAAUUUUCACCGGCCCCAGAUUCUGUACAACUCAGCUGAAAAAGAGCUCUGGUAUGAGCGAGGGAAGAACCUGGACUUGAAACAGCAUAAUAGCUUACUUCAGGAAGAAAGCAUUAAGAUCAAAAUUGAACUAAAGCAGGCCUAGCAGAAGUUAUUAGAUAGCGCAAAGAUGUGCUCUUCACUCACAGCAGAAUGGAUGCACUGUCAGCAGAAAAUCAGGGAACUGGAGCUGGAGGGACUCACACAGGCUCAGAGCAUUAAAUCACAGAACAACCUGCAGGAAAAGCUGGCUCAGGAGAAAUCAAAAUGUCCUGAUGCAGAGGCAAAGAUUUUGGACCUGCAGCAGAAAUUAGAACCUGCUCAAAAAGUCUGUCUCACCGACACUUGUAUUUUGGGGAAGAAGCAACUAGAGGAAAGGAUAAAAGCACUGGAAACUGAAUCUAAAACAAAGCAAAAAUAUCAGGAAGAACAGCACAAGAGGAACUAUAACGAGAAACAUCACCAUCACAAAGUCAAGCUUCGCAGAGUUAAGGACCGUUUAAUUCAUGAAGUAGAACUACGAGAUGAGAGAAUUGAACAACUGGGAAAUGAAAUCAGAGGUCUGCGUCAACAAAGGGAAAUGGGGAGUGGAAAGGAGAAGGCAUUCCAGGAAGAAGUCACUGCUCAAAAUGACACACUGCUCCUAGAGAAAAGGAAACUUCUGAAACAACUCACAGAGCAAGAAGAAUUAAUCCACAGCAACAAACGGGUAAUAUCUUCAGUCCAGAACAGCGUACUUCUUCUGGAUAAAGAAAAUAGGCAAUUGCAGGAAACCACUUUCCGUCUUACACAGCAGGUCGGCCUCUUAGAGCAUAUCAUAAGGAGCAUCCGGAUUCACAGAGAGAUAAUUUGUGACAUCGCUGAAUUGGAAUUAUUGAAUAAAAUCUUGCCCUUACCAAACUCCAGUUUUUCAGGAACAGGUUUAGUAGAGUUGGUUGGAAGUCUUCAAGAGAUUAAAGAACAUACAUCAGAAGCAGCAACGGCAAACCCCAAGUCUCCCGAUCUUUCGUGUUCACAGAAUUCUGAAGCUGGAUACAUGAUCGUGGCUUUUCUGAAAGAGACACACUGUAUCCAAGAACAAGACCAAAAGUCAGACCUAUAAAAUCACUGAUGGCUAAGACUAGAUGGAUCAAAGUUGCUAACUUAAAGCUUGGGCAUGAGGGUGGAACAUGACAUGGAGAAGAGUUACCGUGGAUC